AUGAAUUUUAGUAUUGGUUAUGCUCGAAUUAUUCAUGCAGGUUUGACUGAUACAGAAAUUCAAAUGGCUACAUUUAAGAUUCCAACAAGUGAAAAAUUUGAUGAUCAUUCAAUUUUAGUUACUCAUCCAUCAGUUGUUACUGAUCAAUCAGUUCUUUUUAAUUCAAAUUUUGGAUCAUUCUACAGGGGACAUGAUUAUUUUAAUACUCAUCGUUUUCAUAUGGAUAUACCAAAAUAUUUUCUUGCACGUCAACAUCAAACUAAUUAA